AUGGUGAGCAAGCGCCGAAAACGAUAUGUGAAGGACGGCUUCAAUUUGGAUUUAGCAUAUAUAACAGACAGAAUAAUAGCAAUGGGAUUCCCAGCGGAGAAAUUAGAAGGUGUUUACAGGAACCACAUAGACGAAGUCUACAGGUUCCUAGAGCAGAUGCACAAAGGUCACUACAUGAUAUACAACCUAUGCGCGGAGAGGAAGUACGACGCACACAAAUUUCAUGACAGGGUGAAAAAAUUCGCGUUCGAGGAUCACGCACCACCGAAGAUCGAACAGAUACAGCCGUUUUGCGAGAGCGUACAUACGUGGCUCAACGAGGACUCGCGGAAUGUCGCCGCAGUACACUGUAAAGCUGGAAAAGGGAGGACAGGGACGAUGAUAUGUUGCUAUCUCUUAUACAGCGGGCAAAAGGCGACGGCGGACGAGGCUCUAAAAUUUUACGGCACCAAAAGAGCACACGAUGAAAAAGGUGUAACGAUCCCCUCGCAGCGUCGCUACGUGGAGUACUACGCGGCGCUCGUGCAGGGCCGGCUGACGUACCGCGCGACGCGCGUGCACGUGCGCGAGGUGCGCAUGACGCCGCCGCCCGCGCUCAACGGCGGCCAGUGCACGCUCGAGCUGGUCGUGUCGCAGGUGGAGCCGCAGUUUAAGGCGUCGCUCGGCAGCCACGAGCUGCGGCGGCACGAGGCGAGCGCGCGCGUGGCGCUGCAGGCGUGCACGCCGCUGCAGGGCGACGUGCGCGUGGACGUGUACUGCCGGCAGAAGAUGAUGAUGCGAAAGGAGAAGCUGUUCCACUUCUGGUUCAACACCUUCUUCGUGACCGCCUGCGUCGGCGCCGCGCCCGUGCCCGCGCCCACCGACAGUCCAAACUUAGAAACGUUCAAGUUGACACUGGACAAGUGGCAGCUGGACGACGCGCACAAAGACAAGCAACAUAAACUGUACAGUCCAGAGUUCAAGGUGGAGUUAAUAAUACAGAAGCAGCCAGAUUCGUCGACAUUCAGCACUCAGUCGCUGCGAGCGCCCUCCACCCCCUCCUCCGCGUCCACAUGCUCCGAGAACGACGAGCACUGGGACUCCGGUGAGGGCUUCUUGUGUACUGAGCCCGCGGGCGUGCACCCGCACUUAUAUACCCUCGCAUCCGACGCCAUUCUUGAUGACGUCACGCCUCCAUUGUAUCUCUCUACCGUGCCUCCUUUACAUGAGAGCGUAGGCUUCGGUGUAACGCCAGCUUUACAUAAUGAAGCUUUAGGUGUGACUCCGCCUUUAUACACGUUUGUGCCGACUCGAGAUGUACUCUCUGUGACGGACAGUGUGUUACCGCUUUUAUGUCCCAAAUAUCAGUCCGAUAGAACUAUAAGUGAAGCCUCGCCUCUAUAUUCGAUGUCAAAACAAGACUUGGCCAGUGUGACACCGGCUUUAUCAUAUCGAUCCGAUUGUAUGAAAUCCUCUUAUUCAGAUAAGUCAGUUUUUGAAGCGCCAUUAUUAUAUGCGCCGUGUAAAAGCAAACAGUAUAGCGUGACAACUUUAGCCAACGAAAGUAUACUGACCGGUGUAGUACCGGCUUUAUCUAAUAGUAGUGUUAGGGAUAAAUCUCUAUGUCCAUACAACUAUAGUCACCAUAAAAUAUCCCAAGCGAAUAUUCCCGAUGUAAGCGAAAGUUUUGAGAGUAAAACUUCAUAUAGUUUUAGUAAAAAUCCGUCUGAAACACCCUUAUAUUUCGUACCUUUUAAUAACGUUUUAUGUAAAAAAUUACAUGCACUAUGUAAUGUACAAUGCUCUGGUAAAGAACAGGCGUGUUCAAAUAUAUAUAAGAAAAAUUAUAAAAGUCCGUCUAAUAAUUUAGAUCAAAAUACUAAAGAUUCGGAAUUACCUUAUGUAAAUAUUCUUUGUGGUCACGACGCCCACAGACAAUAUAUGUGUAAAAAUAAAAACUCUGAUAAAAACAGCGAAAUUAGUGAUAACGAUAGUUUAAGUAUAUCCCAUACUGAUAGGUGUGGAGGUUUGUGUAAAUAUAAGAGAAGUUCUGAUAGCGAUAUGUAUGAAAUGCUCCACACUACAGAACUAUGCCAUAAAAAACCAAACUGUCUACAUGUAGAUGAACUAUCAAAACCACCCAUACACAAUUCUAGUAUAGACCCGUACCAUGAAACUGAGAGUUCUACGAAUAACAAAGUAUACCCCAAUGGAAAUAAACAUACUACAGAUCUAUAUGUCGACAAUCAAAAUUAUCCUAUUGACCUUGAUUAUCCUGUCAAUAACGACAUAUAUCUACCCAUAGACAAGAAUUUUCCGGAAAAAAAUACUAAUGCGGAAUUUCUCGAAAAUAAACCCGAAAAUUCGACUGAAUGUGAUCCGACUAAAAGUAAAAAUGAUAAGAAAGAUAAAAAAUGUAAAGAUAUGUCCAAAGCUAGACUUUUAGGCGAUAUGAGAGCGUCUUGGAGGGAGUUUAGUGGAAAAUUUGGGGAGAAUAGAAAAAAGAAACACAAAGAUGAU